UAGUGACGCCUCAUCUAAGAGACCCUUUUGUUGUCAAUAAAGGGGCGGUCUAUUAGUACAUUUGUGGGGACGCCAAUAGCUGACAUGGGAAAGGGUGGUAGGCCUGGACAUACGUAAAAUUAAGAAAUAACAUAUACAGAAAAGGGGGCGGGACCCGGAAGAUGUAGCACUCGCAUUGUUGUCAUGGCAACAGCCACCUGUCACUAGUUCCUGGUUUUCUGUUGACGUCAUCAGCUCUCCAGCUGCCUACGGAGCGCAAUAUGGUAGAGCUGCUGUCCGUGCUGUAGGGAUCAGCCAUGUCUGCCGAUGAAAUGUCCCUGUCUGAUGGGGAGCCAUUCACUCGGGAGCGUUGGGCUCCUGUCGGCGCAGUGGCCGAGGAAACAGAUGAACAGGGGGGCUCCAAGGGGAGAUUUUCCUCGAAUUCGGAGGAAGGGCAAGUCAGCUGUCCGGUCCGUCUCCGCUCCGGCUCGGGGGAGCUGGUGGAGAAGCUGAGGAAGCUGGAAGAGGAGCAGGAGCUGCUGAACUCGUCGCUGCUGGCGCUAACGUCGCACUUCGCUCAGGUGCAGUUCAGGCUGAAGCAGAUCGUGGGCGCUGAGGGAGGGGAGAAGGAGAAGCUGCUGGCGGAGCUGGAGGAUUUCGCCUUUAAAGGCAGCCCGCACGUACUGGGGACACGGAGGCUGGAGGAGCAGGUGCUGGACGACUCUAAGUUGAGUGAGUGGGAGAAGAGGGAGAGAAUUGAGGCUCAAAGGCAAAAGCAACAAGAGUUAAUUGUGCAGCUUAAGACUCAGCUUGAUGAUUUGGAGACGUUUGCAUACCAUGAGGGCAACUAUGAUUCUCUUCCACAGUCCAUGGUCAUGGAGAAACAGCGGGUUAUAAUAGAUGAGUUAAUUAAGAAACUGGGUGUUAACCUCCACGAGGACAUUAGCUGCCUGUCUCCAGACGAGCUACGGCAGAGAGUGGACGCUGCUAUUGCUCAGAUAGUCAAUCCAGCUCGGGUGAAGGAACAACUGGUGGAACAGCUUAAAACACAGAUACGAGACUUGGAGAUGUUUAUACAAUUUAUACAAGAUGAUGUUGGCAGCCCUGUGGAUUGUUCAGCAAAUGGAACAGGUUCUCCUAAUACCAAGACUAAUCCUCGGAACAAAAUGACACCAGAGCAAGCACAUCAGAUGAGAGAAACAAGACUGCAACUUUUGCGCCGUGCAUUGGCUGUCCUUCAGAUGUUUGCUGUCAGUCAGUUUGGGUGUGGCACAGGUGCAGUACCGACUAACUUAUGGAAGCAAGAUGAGAGCAACAGAGAUUUCUCUCCACUAAUAAAGAAGCUUCAGGUAUCAGUAGAGAAAGUGAGGCAACUGGCACAAAGAUAUCAAAGUCAUGAGCAUGUCAUUAGCUACUCAAGAAUGAAGGAUGUUUCAAUGGGUGGUAAAGAUGAAUUGACAAUAGCAGUGAGGAAAGAAUUGGCAGUUGCUAUUAGAGAUUUGUUAUCCCAUGGUCUUUAUGCUACAUCUCAGGGAAUGAGCUUGGUGUUGGCGCCAAUUGCCUGCCUGAUCCCAGUCUUCAGCACCUCACCACCCACAAUGCACCCUUGGGAACUCUUUGUGAAAUACUACAAAGAGCAGAAUGGGAAAGCCUUUGUGGAGUCACCAGCUAGAAAACUUUCUCAGUCCUUCUCUUUGCCAGUGUCGGGAAACAGUAAGGUAACUCCCAAGCAAAGCCUCCUUUCAGCUAUUCACACAGUCCUAACAGAACAUGACCCUUUCAAGCGGGGUGCAGACUCAGAAUUCAAAGCACUGAUGUGCAUGGCGCUAAAUGAGCAACGCUUGGUCUCCUGGAUUAACCUUCUGUGCAAAUCGGGAGUGUUAAUUCAGACACACUACCAACCCUGGAGUUACAUGGCUAGCAGCAGCUUUGAAAGUGCACUGAACAUCCUCAGCCGUCUCAGUACCUUGAAGUUUAGUCUCCCGGUUGACCUUGCUGUUCGCCAGCUCAAGAACAUUAAAGAUGCAUUUUGAACCUAUGGCAUUCUGAAAUGUGCAUCUUCUUUUCACUGUAAAAUGAUUGUGCUUUUCUGCUGCUGAUUCAGAACCGGGUUUAGUUUUGGGGUGGUGAUAUAGCACAACUAGCACACCCUCAUGUCUAACACCAAUUUAGAUUUAGUCUCCAAUAAAUUGUCUAAGUAUAUGAUCUAGGUAAAGGAUCAAAAUGUAGGCACCAAGUCAAAUAGUUGGUUUUUUGGAGUCCGCUAUAUACAGAAUAUUUCACGAAACAAAUGUCAGGAUUCUAAACCAAAUAUGAAUUCUUAUUUUGAUCUAAAAUUGAGUAAGUAAUUAAAUUGUCAAAACAUUAGCUAUGAUCUGUACUCGUCUUAUCAAAGGUUACCUUUGUGUACUUGUGCCUAUGUUCAACAUGAGCCAAAUAAAUAGGGUUUGAACUGA